AAAGAGAAGUAAUUAAAAACUUAGAAUAAUCCAUCAAAUUGGACAGAGUAUAUAUUGCCUGAUAUCAGUAAGCAGUUUUAGUGCAUGAUACUGACAACAAUGGACUAAUUCUGAGUUCAAUCGCCAAUAUGGAAGCAUAUGGUGAUCAAAAACCAGAAGACAAAUUCACGAAAAGAUCGGGUACUACCAACAAAGGAAUUGAAUACGAAGACUUGUUAACAGCACUCUUGGCAUUUAAACUUUCAGAAAAUAAUGAAAUAAAGAAUUUCAGUUUAUCCACAAACAACAGUCAAUAUGGAGAUUUUGACGACAUUGUUCUUCAAUACGAAUUGGAUAAUGUGGAUUCAAAACACACUUUUGUUGUUCAGAUGAAACAUAAAAAUGAAAACAAAAAACUUACUUCUACAAAUCUAGCAGCUGCUCAAGGGAAAUUCAGCAUUCAGAGUUAUUUUAAGUCGUUUGAAACAUUUCGUCAUAGACUGCAAGAUAAUUUCAGCUGUGUACUUUACACAACGGCACGGUGCGAAUUUUCAGAAAAUUAUGAAUUUCCUUUAGAGAAUUUUGCCAAUUUGAAAUUGAGGGUACGCCAACAUAACUGUCUAGACGAAAAUUUUCCGAACACAUCUGCAAAGAGUUUUGUAUACAAGUUUGAAAUUGUUAACGAUGAAGACACAGUCUCCGAAUCGUUUAGAGAUUUUCUCGAUCACUUAUUUCUGUACCCAAAUCAGAAAGAUGUACCGCACUUGAAAGAAUAUAUUUCCACUGAGUUCCGGAAAACAUAUUUUUGCAAAGAAAAUGAAUUUUUGUGGUACACGAAAUAUAUUUCUAGUUGGAGCGCAUGUGAAAGGAAAAAAAUGGUUUUAAACAAAAACACAACAACUGCGAAAAUUGCAGAAAUUCUGCUAAAACCUCAUCUCAGUACCGGUUCUUUAUCUUCAAAGGAUUUUGACUUCGAUUUGUUCUCUAAAACUUGUCAACAAUGUGACAUUGGUGUUACAAGUUUUGAUUUACAUUUCUCUUUAUUCUGCGAUGAAUUACCAAACGAAGAAAAAAGUCUAAAUAUAAAAGAGAAAUUUCAAAUUAACUCCGAAAGUGAAGAAGACCGCGCUGUUAUUUUGUGGCACAUGCUGAAGAGCCCUCUAAUUAUUCGUUUGAAUAAAGGUAACGAAAAAACCAUUUACAAGGCUAUUCGUUCAUUUGAAAAUAAGGGUAGUGGAAGAAAAUUUAUUUUAAUUUCGGACUCUGUAGAUAGAGCACAAUUACAGAAUUUUAAAUUAUUGUGGACUUUAGACGAUCUAUUAUCAAUUUGUGGUGAAGAAAUCAAAGAUAAGAAGAUUGCCCUUCAAGGACGACAGUUUCUUCUUAAAGACAUAAUGUUCAAGAAAAUAUUUCAAAUACUUACUAUUGACGAGGUUCUCAAGCAAGACAUUAUUCAAGUUGGCGAAAACGCAGAAGAAUUGCCAAACCCUUAUAUUGACCAGCGUCUAUCGAAAAUCACUAUUAGCUUCAAAUUCAUUAAUAAUCUUGAUGCUCAGAGCUUAGCAGUGAUCAACUGUAACGGAAAGUUAGAUUCAAUUAAGCAACAUAUUGAAAAUGCAAGGAUAAUUAAAGUAGAAAAAUUUCUUAAAAACCGUUCUAAGGAAGAAGAGCAUCAGUUUCUUUACAGAAGAACAAUGGUAGUGGUAGCUAAAAAUCGAUGCUCACCUGAACAGUUCAUGAAUAUUUGCCAAAAAAGUAAAGACAAAAAUUGUUAUUUACUCUGCAUUAACAAGCAACUGAAACUGGAGUUGCUGGAGACCAGUAGGGUUAUCGCAAAACCUAGAGGAGAAAACUUAGAAAGAUUAACCAUUAAGGAAGACGAAAUGUUCGAGGACAACCAUUAUGUAAAUGUCAUUUCUGCUAAGCCUGGUGCUGGAAAGUCAGUUAUGAUGAAAUACUUAAAAAAUAAUAUUUCCAGUGAUUACUGGAUAUUAAAUAUUUGCGUUCGAGACCAUGUUAAAUUUUACACAAGUACCACAAAAGACAUCUUAGAUAAUUUUUUGAAUUUUCAAAGUGAAAACAUGGGUUAUAACAGUUUAACUCUGAACAUAAGACACGCCUACGAGAAAGAGAAAAAGAUAGUUUUUUUGUGGGAUGGGUUAGAUGAGCUUCCAAUGACUUAUAUACCGAAAGCUAUACAAGUAAUUAAAAUAUUAUGUAAUAUGGGAUAUGUUAAUUGGAUUACAACGAGGGAUCACCUACAACAUUUCCUUGAAGAAAAUUUUAGGAUCUUCUCACACACUAUUAACGAAAUGGACCAAGAUCUUCAAAAAAAUUAUAUCAGAAAACAGUUUGAAACCAAACACGAUCCUCAAGAACUAACUGAAGUCAUUGAAAAAAUUAUCACUGUUAUAGCAAUGACAAGGGAUGUAGCAUUUUUAGGAAUUCCGCUGAGGAUUUACAUGUUAACGGAUUUGUUUUUGAAAAAUCCUCAAACAUGUAGAGAACUUCUCGACAGCACUUUCAUUCUUCCUGACAUUAUUCAUCACUUCGUUCAAGAAAAAUGCAAGUUUUCUUACAAAGACAAAGGCAAUUAUAGCAAUUUCGAAAACGAUUUUAUGCACAGAGCUUUGAAUGGUAACACUCAGUAUCGAUUACUGCAAUACGAGAUACUGGCUCUAAACACCUUGCUGCCCAGUGAAGUCAUUGACAGAUUGAAAAUCCACCACGAAUUGUUAAAUGAUGUUGAACAAAUUAAGGAUGAUUUUGGACUGCUGUCAAAAAUUGAUUUACCUUCUAAAACUGCAGUUUUUGUGCACAGUAUUUAUGCUGAAUAUUUUGUUGCUACUUGGAUGGUCAAAAAUCGUGAUCAAACUGACAUAUUUAAAAGUUUUAUGUUUGAGACUUCCUACAGAACCAUUAGAAUUAUGUUUGAUUUAAUUUUAAGCAAAGGAUGCCCUGCCCAUAUUGCCAUCUUACACAGGGAUUAUAGUAAUUUGCUCAAACACCAAGACGACAUUAACUCAAAAGACAAGGCAGGAAGAACUCCUUUGCAUUUAAUUUGUUCCUGGGGCGAACCACAUCCACUGUUGGAAAGUGAAACUAAAGAUGAUAAAUACUUUUUAAAAAACACAAACAAGGCUAAUUUAACUAAAAUAGCUAGCACCACCGAAGAAUAUAAAAAAUGUUUGCGUGUUCUGCUGGAAAACACACAGUGCAAACCAAAAGAAAAGGAUGAAUUGUUCUGCUGGGACGCUGUAGAGUAUGCAGAUCGUACCUUGUCAUUAUUAGCAAUAGAUAUACUUCUGAAGUAUCUAGAAAUCGCUGUCAAAGAUCUUGAAAAUUUUCGGGACGAACUCUCGGUUUCCUACUAUUCUAUUGUACUGAACUACAAAGGAAUUGUGAAUUGUUUAAACAAUAUGAAGUACAUCAUAGAUAGACAAACUGGUAAUAAUUUAUUACAUUUAGCGGUUAUAAAUGGAAGAAACCAUUUUUUGAAUAAACUUCUAUCCAUUCCUAAGUACAUAGAAAAUAUAAAUGAAAAUAAUCAUCAAAGGCAAAUAGUUCCAGAACUUGUUGUUAUGGGAACAAGGAUUAUUUUUGAAUCUAAGCAGAACUCUCUACAUAUUGCUGCUCAAACUGGAAAUGUUGCAGCUCUUGAUAUACUAACAAAAAAAGGGGCUUCAAUAAAUUAUCAAAACGGAAUGGGUAAUACUGCUUUACAUAUAGUUAUAAUGACUGGGCGAUUACAAUUAAUACCAUUUUUAUUACACGAAGGAAGCAGCGUUAAUCUACCGGAUAAUAAUAAUAAUACAUCUCUACACUACAUUGUUCAAACGGGUGAACUGUCGAUGAUCAAGGACAUAGUAGACAGAGAAACCUAUAUUAUCAAAAACAACUUAGGCCAAAGCCCAUUAGAUCUUGCCACUAUUCAGAAUCGUGAAGAUAUUCUUGAUCUUUUGUUGACUAAAUCAUUGCCAGGGAAGAAUAUAUCCAUUCAAGGAUAUAUGCAAAUGCCUCUUUCCAAUGCCGUUUUUACAGGACAAGUGAAGAUUUUACAUUGUUUAAUCAAGCAUGGUGUAAAUGUUAAUGCUAUGCUUAAAAAUGUAACUAUUUUGUGUAUCGCUGCAUUCCGUCGUCAUAUAGAAAUUGUCGACCUACUACUGAGGAAAGGAGCCGAUCCCAAUAUUCGAGUCUUUGGAAAUAUGAAUGCUCUGUCCUUUGCAGUCAUUAGUCAAAACAUUGAAAUUAUAAAGCUAUUACUAAGUCACAACGUGGAAAUUUUUGAUUCUGAUCAUGGUGGAAAUACCUGUUUGAUCAAAGCUGUUACAGACGAAAAUAAAGAGAUAGUAGAUAUGCUGUUAAAACAUGGCGUUAAUGUGAACGCACGCAAUAAUCGUGGUGCCAGUGCAAUGCAUUUUGCUGCAGCCAUAGGUAACAUUUAUUUAAUAAAUACAUUGUUAAAGUAUAAUGGUGAUGUCAACAUUAAGAAUAAAAAAGGAGGUACACCACUACACGUAGCGGUCCUCUACGAAAGAAAGAAGGCGAUAGAAUUUUUAAUCAGAAACGGAGCUGAUUGCAGAAUAGCAGCUCAAGGACUUGUGCCUUUGAUGCUGAAGAAACUGCCUCUACAAGAAAUAGAUAGGUUUCCCCACUUUAAUCGUCCACUUAUGCAAGGUACCAAUAAGAGUGCAGUGGUUCCAGAAAUAACUAUAAAUUUCGAGAUGGGAAUUAAAUCACAUCCAAAUCCAUUUUUGUAAUUGAAGUUUGGAGUUAACAUCUUCCGUAAUUGUCAACAACACAGGAUCAUAUUUACUUAAGUAGAAACGUAUCAUGUGAAUUGUAAUUAUUAACUGUAUAUAUCCUAAGAAAAAGACAAGUUUAAACUCUUUGCAUAAUAUUGUAAAUCAAAAUCACAUAUCGACAAAUAAACCUGGUAUGUUUUGGUG